AUGUUUGAACUGAGUCCUCUGACGUCGCCUCCAGCUGUUCUCCUCGUCUCCUCCUUUCUCCAGUGGUCUGAAGGCUCAGCGCUCCAAACCAAAUGGGCUGACGACCGACUGAAGACGAGUCCGAGGGGAGAGGCUGGUGAAGACGGUGAAGACGAUGAAGACGAUGAAGACGAUGAAGACGAUGAAGACAAUGGAGAUGAUAAAGACGGACACCUGAAGUAUCACGUCGGCCUCAUCCUGAAUCAGAGAUAUCAGGUGGUCUCCACGCUCGGAGGCGGAGCUUAUGGGAAGGUGGUGGAGUGCAUAGACACACAAACAAACAAGCACGUGGCUGUGAAGAUCGUGAAGAAGUUGGACAGUUGCUGCGAAGCUGCUCGAUGUGAGAUUUCAGUCCUGCAGGAGAUCAACAGUCUGGACGAUGACCACAGAUUCGCCUGUGUCCGGAUGUUGGACUGGUUCCAGCACGAAGGCCACGUCUGCAUCGUGACGGAGCUGCUCGGACUCAGCACCUUCGAGUUCCUGCAGCAGAACCGCUUCCUGCCGUUCAGCGGGUCGCAGAUCAGACUCAUGGCCUUCCAGAUCUUCAGCGCAGUCAGCUUUCUGCACCGUAACAAACUGACCCACACGGACCUGAAGCCCGAGAACAUCCUGUUCGUCCGCUCGGACCGCCACAUGGAGAACCACGAGACGAUGAGUCCGAGCAGUUUGGAUGUGAAGAUGGUGGACUUUGGCUGCGCCACUUUCGACCACGAACACCACGAGACCCUGGUGUCAACGAGACCCUACCGGGCCCCAGAGGUCAUUCUGGGUCUGGGCUGGGACCAGUCCUGUGAUGUCUGGAGUCUGGGCUGCGUUCUGAUGGAGUUCUACCUGGGACGGCCUCUGUUUCUAAGUCACGACAGCAGGGAACAUCUGGCCAUGAUGGAGAAGGUUCUGGGUCCGAUUCCCCCCAGUCUGCUAAAACAGAGCAGGAACCAACAGCUGGUGAACAAGCAGCGUCUGAACCGGGCUGAGCUGGACUCCUCGGAUCUUCUCAUCAGGGAAGACUGCCGGCCUCUGAAGACGUACAUGAGGACGAGCAGCGUCGAGGAGCAGCAGCUGUUCCACCUGCUCAGCUGCAUGUUCGAGUACGACGUCAGCAGACGGAUCACUGCUGAAGAAGCUCUGUGGCACCCGUUCUUCAGCCCUCUGAGGACACCGGACCAGAACCUCUAACACCAAACACCUACAAGCCUGGUCUCUGUGCCCGCUUCGUCCUGUACGGGUCGGUGCUGGUGUCCAUGUCCAGCAGUCACUGUGAGAGAGACAGGGGGACACCUGGACAGGCCUCCAGUCCAUCAUGGGACAAUUUUAGAGUUACCAUUCAGUCUAACAUGACUCGACCCAGAAAGACCCACAGCCAGGAUUUGAUUCGGCGACCUGCUCUCUGAGGGCAGCAGCUUACACACUGAUCCACCGUGUCACCCACAAACAGAAACAAACAACAUGUAAACAAAUAACAACAAGCUCAGCUUCUACCUCAUGUUUACCAAACUGUUGACCUUUUUAUGCUUCUCUGUUUUUCUGGGAGAUUCAGGAACCGUUCCUUUUUAUUUGUAAAGAUUUUUUUACACAUUUCACUUUUAAAGUGUGUCGAGGUUCCUCGUUAAACUCGAGAAGUUUGCGAAACCAAAAGGUUCACGUAAAAACGAGUGCCGGGAGUUGCUGAAGGGAGACGCCACGUCCGGUAAAGAGAUAAAAACAAAAAUCUGUAGCUCGGUUGAGACGAUGGUUAAAACGAGAGAAUUCUUAAUAAAUC